AUGGCGAGGACAGAACUUGUGAAUGAUAUGAGAUUGAACGCCGAUAUCCUCCCGGAUGGCACUUCCCACUACACCUUUCAACCUGACUACUCCCAAGGGACCACUGACAGAUGGCGGCCAAAGAUAGAAACCUGGAAGCGAGGGAAGAUACUGGGCUCAGGAUCAUUCGGGACAGUCUGGGUUGAGCAAUGUGUUUCAAGUGAAGGUCCCGCUAGGCUGCGAGCUGUGAAGAUGAUCAAGAAGCUACCUCACUCUUCUCAUCCAACCUACUGUGACCGAGAACUCGAGGCUAUUGCGAAGUUUUCUCAACCAAAAUACUCGGCUUUGUUUGUAACAUCCCUCGGAUGGUUUGAGAACAAGGAAUUUCUCUUCAUUGCGAUGGAGCAUAUUGGUUUGGGGAAUCUUCAAGAGCAUUUGACAGGCCCACUACCCGAAACCGAAGCCAGGCACAUCUGUUUCCAAAUUCUACAGGGUAUCAAAUGUCUGCACGACAAUGAUUUUGUCCAUCGAGAUCUCAAGCCAGAGAACAUUUUUGUGCGUUCCAAAGGGCCCGAAUGGUGGGUCAAAAUAGGUGACUUUGGUUUCAGCAAACGGUACAACCAGAGUGCCGGUUUGCAGUCUACCGUGGGCACCGAGCUUUACCUCGCGCCCGAAUCUCCACCCACGCAAAGGAUUCCGACCACCAGUCUGCUCAACGACACGCAUACAGCUUAUGAUAAGGGACUUUCGUUAUUGAGCCAACGACAGUAUGCAGACGCCAAGAUAUUGCUCCAGGAGGUUUUCGAAUUGCGUAAACGCACUUUGGGCGCCUACCAUGAAGCCACGCUGGCUUCUGUUAGCGCAUUAGGUGAUACUCUUUCUGGUCUUGAAAAGUAUGGCGAAGCCGAAGCUGCAUAUCGAGAAGCCUGGAUGGGAAGCAAAUGGGCUCAUGGAGAGAAUGGCAUACGGACUCUUGAAUCACUAGCCUUGCUAGGCGGCGCUCUUUACCAUCAAAAAAAGUAUGCCGAAGCCGAAAGCGUGUACCAGGACCUCUGUGAUGCCCAAAAGCAAAUCUUUGGGAAAGAGCACGAACAAACGCUUUUAUGUCUCCAAAGGCUAGGUGACGUGCUAUUUUUCCAAGAAAAGUACGCCACAGCCGAGACAAGUUACCGAGACGCAUGGGAGGGUCGCAAGCAAACCCUUUGGGCGGACCACGAAAUUUCACUAGAGUCUCUUGAUGGCUUGGGCUUGGUUCUCUACUUACAAGGAAAGUACACCCAAGCGGAAACAGCAUACCGAUAUUUAUGGGAAAGGCAGAGACGAGCGCUAGGAUAUGAGCAUAUAAAAGCCCUUUUGUCUCUCAGUCGGCUAGGUGACACACUCUUUUUUCAAGGACGGUACGCCCAAGCGGAAGCAACAUACCGAGAGGUCUGGGAAGGGCGAAGGAGAACGCUGGGAGACGAAGACAAAGAAACACUUUCAUCUCUCCAUUGGCUAGGUGACGCUUUAUGGGCUCAAAAAAAGUAUCCACUAGCUGAGGCAACGUACCGAAAUACAUGGGAGGGUCGCAAGAAAACCCUUGGAAAAGUGCACGAGCAAACGCUUUUCUCUCUGCACUUUCUAGGUCGCGCUCUGUAUUCUCAAGGAACAUACAUGCAAGCCGAAUCAGCCUUUCGAGAUGCCUGGGAAGGUCGUAAGCAAACUCUUGGAGAAGAACAUGAGAAAACACUUUUCUCUCUCCAUUGCCUGGGUCACGCUCUGCAUUCUCAAGAAAAGUAUGCAAUAUCCGAGGCGACGUACCGAGGCGCUUGGGAGGGUCGCAAACAAACUCUAGGGGAAAAGCACAGAGAAACGCUUUUGUCUCUUCAUUGUGUAGCCAACGCUUUAUAUUCCCAAAAAAAGUAUGCACUAGCCGAGGCGACGUACCGAGACGCCUGGGAAGGUCGUACACAGACUUUCGGGAAACAUCACGAAAGAACACUCUUGUCUCUGCAUUGUCUAGGCGGUGCUCUGUGGUCUCAAGAGAUUUAUACACUAGCUGAGGUAACGUGCCGAGACGCGUGGAAAGGUCGCAAGAAAACUCUUGGAGAACAGCACGAGCAAACGCUUUCCUCUCUCCAUUGCCUGGGUCGCGCUCUGCAUUCCCAAGAAAAAUAUGCACUAUCCGAGGCGGCGUACCGAGGCGCUUGGGAGGGCCGCAAGCAAACUCUCGGAGAAAAGCACAAAGAAACGCUUUUGUCUCUCCAUUGCGUAGGCGACGCUUUGUUUUCCCAAAGAAAGUACGCACUAGCCAAGACAACGUACCGAGACGCCUGGGAAGGUCGCAAACAGGCGCUUGGAGAAUAUCACAAAGAUACACUGUGGUCUCAUAAGAAGCUCCUCGAUGCUCAUAGUAAGUGCUCCACGCUCACGGAUCUAAAGUUUUGGAAGCGACGGAAAUUACAGUGGAGUGAUUGA